AUGAAACAUUAUCUAACUCCGCAUAUCCUAUCAGUUCAACAUCAACAAAUUCUCAGGUUUUCUUUAUACUGUACUAAAAUUGUUUUGAAAGAAGCAAUUGAUAUUGCAAAGAAUAACGAUCAGCACAACUAUGGUGAUAGAUUCCUCGAAGAUCAAUUAGAUAGGCCGCAAAUAUCCAUUUUUUUCCUAUUGGAAAGAAUCCAGUUAUUUGAUAUCAUAGAAAUUUGGAAACUUACCAGUCUUACCAAAUUAUAUAAGCAUUAUGUUAUUUUACUGAUAGAUGGUGGUCAUUUAUAUAUAUGUUUGGCUAUAAUUAAUUACAGACUUGUAUGUUCGCAUAUUUUCCAUUUGAUGAUGAAUUCUAAGGUCACAAAAUUUAACAUACAUCUUAUUGCAAAGCGAUGGUAUCUAGAAAAUAUUCAAGAUAGAGAUGAUCAAAAUAAUUUGCAAUAUGAAUGUAUGGAAAUAAAAACACAAUUCCAAGAAGAUAGUAAUGAUAAUCACGAAUUAUUAGUAGCCGAUUUACAUAUUCUUAAUCAGCUUAGAGCACCAGAUACAUUCACAGCUGAUGUUAAACAACGCGUACAAAGAAAAGAAAAAUAUGUAUAUGGGUUUGAAAAGAUAAAAAAAACUCUUAAUUUAGCGCUGGAUUUAGGUUGUGAAACCGAAUUUAUUGAUAUGAUUAAUGGAUUCAUCAAUCGUAAGAAAAAUGAUAUUGAUGAUACGAAUGAUGAAAAUAAAGAAAAUUUGAGCAUGUUUGAUCCUUUGGUUCAAAAAUGGCGUGGACGUCCACCACAUAAAUGUAUCAAAUUGGCAUUAGAAAAUGUACACCAUAGCACUAAAAUUAGUGCUCUUAAUCCACCUGAUCCUAAUUUACAAUCUUCAUUAAGAAUCCCUUUACACACCUAUGAUGUUAGCAAUCAUGGACAAGAUAAUGAUCAUAUGGUACUUGAUAAUAUAGGCAAAAAUACAAGCAAAUGA